AUGACGCUAAACGAGGAAUGUUUGGAAAUUUUCCAGAACAAGUUAUUAGAAAAGCCACAUGAUCCAGGGACUUUUACUAUUCCUUAUAUUAUAGGUAACUUAUCUGUUAAUGAUGCUUUAGCUAAUUUAGGGGCUAGCAUCAAUGUAAUGCCGUACAACCUGUUUGCAAAGUUAGGGCUAGGAGAGACCAAACCCACUAGGAUGAGUAUACAGUUAGUUGAUAGAUCUAUUAAGUAUCCUAGAGGUAGACCUUUUCUUGCAACACCUAGGGUAAUGAUAGAUGUUUGUGAUGGAAAGUUAAAACUUAGGGUAGGGGAUGAGACUGUCACCUUUGACUUGCAUAAUUCCAUAAGCCAGUCUUUAGAUCAUAAUAAUGUGUUGAUGCUAUUGAGACACAGUUGUAGGAAGAUAGGUGUGCAGAAGUUGAGGCCAUCACUUGAGGAACUGCUGGUUCUCGAUUUGAAAGAGCUUCCAUAG